UUGCACGGUCGUUCUUAUAUAAUAUAUAGUAAGUCUCGUCUGCGUUUCAUGUUUACUUGUUUACUAUAACCUCAUUGCUGGUGUGAUCACAGUUCUCGGGGUGUAGUUUAUUAUUAUAAUAUAACCUCUCUCUCUCUCUCUCUCUCACACAUGUAUUUCCGACUUUUGACAAACAUUUGCGAGCGAUCUUUAUAUCGCACUUCGAAUAAUGUUAGACAUCAGAUCAACAGACUGUGUCAUGUUGUGAAUAAAAACGAGGAAAAACGGGAGACGGAAACAGUAAUCUCGACAAGGUUUCCCGAUUACAAAGUAAUCUAUAGCUUUCCUUAUAUCAAACAUGCUAGUGUCAUAAAUAUCGUAAAACAUCGAAUCACUAUAUUCACUGCAACGGUCGUGCCUGUGAUGGUUGGACUUUACUUGACCGAUAUUGUGUCGCUUGACACAACCACUUCAGCGAUAGCAAGUAGUGUUAUAACAACAAUAUGGUUGCAUAGUCUUGGAAUUUUAUGCAACAAUCUCAUAGGAUAUGUAUAUAUGAAGUUAGAUAAGCAAAAAAUAAUAUUAUCUUACACAGACUACUGGGGGAAAAGAAUAGACAUGGAGAUUGCUAUCGAUGAAAUUAUUCCUAUAUCGGAUAAUCCGAUCAGUAUCACUGAUUAUCUGUAUAGAAAAGUAAUGUUCUUCUCGCAAAAGCAAAGAUUAAAGAUAAAUACGAAACUGGGACGAAUAAUCGAUACGGACAAUUUUAAAUGUACUCUAGGAACGGAUUAAGUUUUCUACAUAUGUGUAUAUGUAUAAAUAUAUUGUAGAAAGAAUCACAUUAAUUGUAUACUUUAAAAUUAUAUAUUUUUUUUAAACAGAA